CAGACAGCUAAGGAGAGGCCAACAGAUCAGGCCGCCAUUUUUCUGCAAUGGAAUUAAAUGGCCAACUGGGUUUUCCUUUGUUCCAAAGGGGGAGGCUGGCUUUGCUUUGCUUGGAAGGCAGCAGCCACCGCCGCCAGCAGCCAGCCAUUAUUGCUGGAGCGCUCUCUCAGGCUCUUGGUGUUCCUAAGGGCUCUGGCAACAGGAAGAAGGAAGACGUUGCUUAAAAAGCGCUGGAUUUUUCCCUUUUGCCUUGGAGCCCAGCUGGGUCUUUGUAUAUCACUCCUAGGUCAAUGGCCCGCCCUCCUUCCAUGUCUCUGUCCCCGCUUUGAGUAGUGACCCAAACAAGUCAAUACACGAAGGCCUUUGCGGUGCCUUGGGGUUUUUUUUUGCCUGGGGGGUUUUUCUCGGCCACCCCAAACGAGUCUCCUGUAUUAAACACUAAAUGCCCGGCCAUCUUUUAAGUUUAAAUCCUUUCCUGCUUCACAAGGUAACGUUUGAAAUAUAGGAGCCGUGAAUUCUUGCAAACAAACUCCAUUAGGAGCAGUGCUCUCUCUCUUCCUCUGUCCUUAUUUUGGGGUUUUCCUUUUACAUUGUAAGUACCCAAUCCAUUCUGUCCUUUUGAAGUCUAGUUUUCAUGUUAAUGUUACUGGAGUUCUCCUGAUUUUGUUUUUCAAACUUCAUCUGCAUGUCAUAUAUAUAUAUAUAUAUCUAGAUAUACUUUUGUCUUGUUUAGCUAAAGCAGUUACUUCUGAGAUACUCUUUUAUUUAAAGUCAACUCAAAACUAUUUAGCUAGAGAUGCUUAAAAUGAUGUUGGAUGAAGCAGGGGUCUUCACACGAAAGUUUGGAGAGCUAAUGUUGGGGUCGUCUUUGAACCAAUUGGGGCACAUUGCAGACCCUCCAGACUGACUCUCUUGUCACGCUUCUGUACCGCUUUAAGUCUGGGGGGGGGCUUUUUAGAAGAGGAGGUUGGGUAUUGUGAGUCAAACGAGGUGGCUGUCUUCUAACCUGUUUUUUUUGUUGUUGUUGUGUGUGUGUGUGUCAAAGCCAUAGAUGUUACUGAAGGAGAUGCACUGCUCUACAAAGACAAGUGAUGAUCUAGAACAAAAUGUAUACUUAGGCACAGGGUUUUUUAAAAACCAACCAGCCAACCAGCCCCUAUCCCCCCUUUCCCCCCAACUUCACCUUCUGAACUGCCUUCAAGCAUGGCGUGCGGGUAAGUAAACCCUUUUGCCCUUGCAGUCAAACCGAGAGCAGGCCUCCUGUGCAACAAAUGCUUUUUUCUCCAGGGCGGAUAUCCGAGAGGCUGGAGCAGAGAAGGGGGCAGCAAAGGUUCUUGUGGAAAAGGACAUAUAUUCAGACUCUACUCUCUCUACCUUUCUCUGCCCACCCCCCUCCAUAAGGCUGCUUCCUUUUCUUUCACUCGCCUGCUUAACCAAAGUGCAGGUCUUGGCUGCCUCCUGGGUGCUUUGAAGAUGGUCUCCCUGCAAAUCCACAAUGGCUGGAGGGCUGUCUCUCUCUGUCUCUCUUUCUCUACAAACCCACAAUGGCUGGAGUGCUCUGUGUCCUUCCUUCUCUCUCUCUGCAAAUCCACAAUGGCUAGAGUGCUAUCUGUCUGUCUGUCUGUCUUUCUCUCUCUGCAAAUCACAAUGGCUGCAGUGCUGUGUGUCUAUGUCUUGCUGCAAAUCCACAAUGGCUGCAGUGCUGUGUGUCUAUCUCUCUCUCUCCUCUCUCUGCAAAUCCACAAUGGCUGGAGUGUUGUGUGUCUGUCUCUCUCUGCAAAUCCACAAUGGCUGGAGCGCUGUGUGUGUCUGCCUAUCAAUCUGCCUAUAGCUAUCUGCUGCUAUGCUCAAGUCUGGAGGCACUUGGGGACUAUUUUAAAACUAACAUGGAAGGACAGGAUUGAGCCAAACCACUGGGGCACUUUUUGCCUUGUCCCAUUUGGCGACCGGCAGCAGUUGGAAGACACAAGAUGGACUCUCGUUUUGCUGCCAAGGGUUUUUCCUUUCCGACAAGGAGCAUUGGCAAAACAAGCCCAACGCAAUCCAAGAUGGAGGCUGCCUUUCCCCACCAGAACGAGCGCUCUCUCUGUCUCUGCCUUUCCUGGUGACACGCCUGCCAAGUGCAUAGCAGCCAGGGCUCGGCCGUUGUUGCAGGGCGUUACAGCGCAAAUAACUUCCAUCUGGCCCUUGGAGAGAGAGAAAGAGGCUCGAUUUGGAGAAGGGGAAAACAGCCUCUUGAGCCCAGUUUACUCUGCAAGAGGCUUUGAAAAACAAAGGAGGGGGAAGACAACAACAACCCACAGUGUGGGCUUCCUAAUGGCGGCUGUCUUUCUCUGCUGGGUGGCUGUGGUUGUGUGUGUAUGUGUGUGUCUUUUUGGGGGGGACUUGGGUGUUUUUUGUGAAGGCAGCAAAGGCUAUCUCUUGUUUCUCUCCCCAUGUUUUCUGGAGGGUGUCUUUUGGGGGGAAAGCAAGCAAGCUGUGUGUGUGGAGGGGGGGAGCAGGGCAGGCAAAGAUGGUGGCCAUUUCAUGCAAGCUCGUUCUUUCUUUCUUCUUCUUGCAGGCGGGAGAAGAAGGCAAGAGUGUAAGAGGAGAAGAGAGCCUGGCAAGGCUCCAGCUUCUGCCUGCUGGUUGGCUUUGUGGGGGGGGGGGGAGGGCAGGGAAAGGCCCGGGGAAGGCAAGCAGCCUGGCUCUUAAAGGCACAGGAGCUGCUGUGGAAGGCAAGGCAAGACAAAGGCGCAGGCUGCUUCCUUUGUGUCUAGGAAGGUUUCUUUUUUUGGCUGGAGGGAGGCAUACAAGAGAUGGCACUGGGGUUGGCACCAGUGGAGGUUCAAGCCACCAAGGAGAAAGGCAGCAGUGGUUCACUUGUACUGCCAUGGCUCCAUGUUCUGGAAUUCUGGAAAGUGCAGUUUGUUGGGGCACCAAGGUGCCCCAACAAACUGCACUUCCCAGAAUUCCAGAACAUGGAGUCAUGGCAGUACAAGUGAACCACUUCUACCCAGGCUCUUCAGUGCAAGGAUGUUUAAAAGAUCUGCUUAGACUUUAUAUGGCUGGAGGAGGUGGCCUGGGGUGACUUUUUAUUUCCAAACAGGUUGGCCAGCCUUGCUCAUCCCUCUUCCUCCUCCCCGUGACCCCUGCAAAGGUGGAUGGCGAGAAGGAGGAGCAGCGCAAGGAGUACGUGGCCUGCUGUCAGGAGGCGAGAGGGGCUGCGACUCCGCACUCUGGCUUUCUUUGUCUAAAAGGAUUUCAUGCCUCCACACUGCAGCUCCCUCUUUCCUCCCUCCUUCCCCGUAAUGUGUGGGUGUAGCUUGUUUCAGACAGCCAUAGCUCUGGAGGCAUUUGGAGGCUCUGAUCUGACAACCCUGGCCAUGGAUCCUGAGGCCACGAAGGAGCAGAGUUUUGUCUUUUUUUUCCCCCAAUUGCUUUGAGAGAAAAUGGGGGUCUUACCUGCCCAAGCAAGCAGGUUAAGCCUCUGGCUGUGACUUGAUCUCAGGGACGCUUGACCGAAGACUUUAAACUUGUCUCUCCUCGGGGACAUCUACAGGGAUUUAAUGCUAGAAAUUAGUUCCCCCAGGCUUUUACUUUUCAAAAACAUCCCUUUGUCUUGAAUGUCUUUGACUUAAAAAAGGCAUGGAUGGCUUCCUCUUGUGCACAGAAGCAACACACUUUCCAGGUGAAAGCCUUGUUUGUGACACCCCUCUUCCCCACUGUAGUGAGAACCAAUAUCCCAUCAUAGCUGGUGGCUAAACCCUUUGGCUCAAGUAUGUCUCCUGCGGCUGGCUUAUAUAAAAUAUUCAAGAGGAGGCCGUGGGUGUUGUCUCCUAAGUCUUUGUGGGGAGUGAAGACAUUCCAUUCUGUUCCACCGUCAUGAACCAAAGAUCUGCUCAAGAGGUAAAACCUGUUUUUGAAAGCAGCCACUCGAAAGGAGCAAGCUGCUGGUUAAACAUUGCACAAUGUCAUACUUCUGGUCUUUGUGGGAGGAAGGAGCGUAAAGGGAUUGCUUAAGUCAAGAGGAUUGCCAGUUGGGAGCGUAGUAGGUUACAAUCCUUCCUCAGGAGUCAAUCCUAUUAAAUUAUGCAGGAGUUUCUUUCAAGUAAACCUGUUUAGCAUUACAUUUCAUGCUUAUUACUUUGUCUUUUUAGAUGACAGUGUGGGAGAAUGCCUUUUUUUUUUUUUUUUUUGGUAAUGUCUAAACAAAAUAUCUCAAUGAAUUGUUUUGUUAAUUGGUUCCAGAGAACUUAAAAUGGAGGCUAGGUGAAUGUGAGUACCUUCUCCUGAAGAUGUUUAAGCUUGGAGGGGAAUUGGCUCCAUCCAGGGCACUGAAUCACUACAUACAUGCCUAGCAUUACUUUGAAGGGCUGUCACAAGGAAGAUGGCUGGAGAUUGUUAUUUUUCUUUUGCUCUAGAAGAUAUGACUCCAACGAAUGGUUUCAAAUUACAAGAGAGGAGGUGCUGACUAAACACUAGGAAGAGCUUCUUGCUGGGUAAGAGCUGUUCAGCCUAGGAAUAGCUUACCGCAGACGGUGGUGGGAUCUAGAUCACUGGAAGCUUUGAAACAGAAUUUAGAUGGCUGCCUGGAAGGGCUGUUUUACCAGGGGAUUCCUGCAUGGCAAAGAGUUGCAUUAGAUGGCCUUCAGGGUGCCUUCAAAUUCAUGGUUUUUGGCUGCUUUUUCCUUCCAGUAAGUGAUCCAGCGAAGAAAGUAUUUAUGUACUCUUGUCUAUGGUGAUGUGGCAACAGUUUGCCAUUUGGUUGAUUAGUACAUCUAUCCUUGAGAUUCCUGUGGCUGUAAUGGUAUGCUACAAAUCCAUUAAUUGGAGUACUUAAGUUCCAUCCAAAUUACUACAGAGUAAGCAUGAGUGGCUGCUAGAAAGUACAGGCUUGUUCCUGUUAACCUGACAAUCCAGUUCAUGUGUACAUCCUGCCUUCUUACUCUUCCCUCCCUCCCUCCUCAUUCUGUCAGUAUAAUGUAGGUCACUAUAUGUCUUCUGCUUGGGACUAGGAGUUUCCUGUAGUUGUAUCACUUGUGAUGGAUGCUGAGAGUGCUUUUGAAUUUUCAGUGCACUUUAUGUACAUGCUUACAGCUAGUCCUAUACAGUAGGCUAGUAUUACCACCAUAUUGCAGAUGUGGAGACAAUACUGAGAUAGCAUGUUGUAGACAACUACUCACUGCAAGAACGAGAUGAGGUCUGAAUUGGUGAUUUGCCAGUUUGCAGUCAGCUGGAGAACCUGUGGCCCUCCAGACGUUGAUGAACCACUGUUGCCAUCAUCAUUUGUCAUUUGUCAGUCUGGCAGGAACCAACAGGAAUUGCAGACCAAUAACAUGGGGGAGGGGGGCACACAGGUUCUCCACUCCUGCCAUUGAGUGUUUGGCCUUCUUCUGUUGGUAUGUAUGGAAUGAGAAUUUAUUAUUGAUUUAGCUGAAAUCUGUGUUGUGCUAGCUCUAGGUGAGAAAAAUAGACAACUUGCUUUCUCUCUCAAAGAUGCUAGUAGAACUGGUUUAACAUAGAAUGUUUAUACUGUACUGCUCUCUCCACUUAAUAUCCAUGUAUAUUUAGCCCAGUAGCUCAUUUUCUAUUUGGUGUUGCUGUUGUGUGCCUUGAAGUCAUUUCUGACUUACGAUGAACCUAUCACAGGGUUUUCUUGGCAAGAUUUGUUUGGAGGAGGUCUGCCUCUGUCUUCCUCUGAGGCUGCGAGGACUCUAACAAUGGUCUCCCAGUGUCCUAGUCCAACACUCAAACCACAACACCACAGUGGAAUCUUUUCAUAUAAUUGACUGUUCAUGUCUGUAACAGUUAGUUUACACAAUCAUAUACAAGUUUACUUCACUGUGUUUACUUUUUAAGUUUGUUGUCUUUAGAAAGGAAUGGCAAAUCAUACUCAUGUUUCUUUCUCACCCAUACUGUUAAGGAAUUAUUGUUGAUGUUAACCUUGUGUAUAUAUGAUAUGCAGAUACAUUGAAGUUAAAAUAGAUUCAGCAACUAGCCUUGAGGUCAUUGGCUUCUUUCUCAUUCAUAGCAUCAUUAGGCAAAAGUGUUGCCUUUCUGUGAGAAGAAAAUAGUUUUUCUGUUAAUAGUUUUAUUAACGGAAACCAAAACUUCAGUCUUGUUUCAGAAAGUACAGAUACUUCCAGCUGUAUAUAAAAAUGCUGGCUGUUGUCAGACUCAUCUGGCCCUUUCUGUUACUUUGUAGGACAGGAAAUUUUGAAUUGAAAGAUAGUAUAAAAGUGUGUUCAGCAAUUCCAUUUGACUGCUGUGGAUGGUUGUAGCUAAGAAAGAGCAUGCCUUCCUACGUAAAUUUCCUGGUGGAAGGCACAUACACACGUCUCAGUACAGUAAGAUGUGGAGGAUCUCUCUUUUCACUCUUCCUGUAAUUGUUAAUCUGAGGAAUUUUUAAAAAGUAUUGUUCUAUUAACUCUUCAGAUUUUCUUGAAGUAUGAAAUGUUAUGAGCCAAAUUCUUUGGACUGAAAUCAUAUGUAUUGAUUUGUGAAGGAAACAAAUGUCUUAUUGUUUCUGCAUUUCAUCAUCCACCUCUUUACUAACUGUUCAGUUAGAGGCCUGUUGGCAUUUCUUCUGUAUGUGAAGGAUACACCUUGGUUUAUGUAAACUAUUUUAUUGACCGCUGCUACAUAAAACCCUCUGGUUUUGUUGCCUUGCCCUCCCUUCCCAAAACAUAAGA